UGAAGAGCGAGCGACAGGAAGUAUCAGUAAUUACUGCAGCUCCCUGAUCUCACCCUCAGUGAACCAGGCUGCUGUCAAUGUUACGGGAGUUUGUAGACACGAACCAGGUGUGAGAGAUGUCUGUCACUGUUGUUAAAGACAAAGGAGUGACUGUGGUCACUGUGGCGGCGAGCAGGAACAGCAUGUCUCCACCGCUGUGUCAAAUCCUGAAGGCUCUCUGCUACAGUCCGAUGUGCUGCUCAGUGAACAGGGGGAUGAUGCAGACCAGUGCGACUGCAUGUCUCGGGAUUAUGCAGAUCAUGGUGGGGCUGUUCAACAUCGGACUCGGGCCAGGACGAACAAGCCUCCAUCCUGAUGAUUUUGCCCAUUUGGGAGUUGCUUACUGGCUGGGUGGUGUGCUCAUUGCAGUCGGAAUCAUGUCCCUUCUUGCCGGCUGGUUCCCCUCUCGGUGCCUGGUGGUCCUCGCUGUGAUGAUGAACAUAAUCGGAGCUAUCUUCACCAUUGUUGGUGUUGUGCUAUACGGCAUAGACAUCUAUGAUGUCUCUAAUGCCGACAUGUGUGACUGGGGCAGGGCUCGUAAUUCUGAUAUGUGCAAAGGUUUGCAGUACUUUUUUCAGCGUUUGGUGGUGGCCAUGGAUAUUACUAUGAUCAUCCUGACUGUUCUCCAGCUGGUUGUCAGCAUCUGCAUCGGCACCAGGGCUCUGUGUUGCCUGAGCGAGAAAGAGCAGGGCAGCAGAGCUGAUGAGGCUGACCAGCCACUGCUGAAGGAAGUCCUCAUGACCAGUCCUGGUGCUUAAAAUCAAUUCAUCAUUCAUCUAAACACAAACAUGUUGGAGUGUGCUCAACAACGCACCAUCGUAAUCCUUUAAUCUAUCAUCUUAAAGUAAUCAAAACUGUUUUUAUCACAUAUACGCUACAGUUUUUAGUUGUUUGUAGUUUGGCACAAUGGGAUGGAAAUAUUUUUAAAACAUUUCUUUUCAUCAGCCUCUGAAUUAUGGUUCAAAGUAAACUUCGCUGAAUAAAGGUGAAAAUGGGGACAAUG